AUGUCUGGAGACCCAACCGUCGAAGAGGAGGCACUCAAGCGCAUCUCGAGACAGGCUUUUUGGGCCGGUGCUCGUGUCAGAGGGACACAAACAUUGGGCGACGGGAAAGGGAGGGGGCAUCUUUGUCAGCCAUUCCUCACACCCUUGGACUCUCCGAGUGUGCCAGCGGCCCGAGGAUGGCAGAUGGACGGCACAGAAGCAGAGCUGAGGCCAAACCUUGAGCUGGAGCUGAAUGUGUGUCAACAUUUUAACCCCACACAUGCACCUGAUGGGCUCGGAACGAGAGAUGCAAGCAUCCAGUGGGAUGGGGUCGAUGGGAGCCUCUUCGGUACACCAAAGGGGAAUCGCCCUAAUCUCGAUUCGACAAGGGCAGUGGAGAAUGCCGCCGGUCUCGCGGAGAACUGGAGACGGCCUCCCCGGUGCGCGGCAGGCGAGUGCCGUUUUGUCAGCAGCAUCGGGUUCUGGAGACAGGGUGGGCUCCAUCCCAAUCGAUACGAUACGAUGCGAGACGGCUUCGGUCCCAGAGAAGAGAAUUCAGUCAAGGCCUCUGGGGCAAGCCAUGACUGCAAGCCAUCGGCUGCUCUUGGGUUGCGGUUGGUCAAGGGGACCUGGCGUCAUGGGGCACGGCUUUCUUCCAUUGACGCCCGACCAGGACGUUUCUCGCGAAACCGAUUACCACCAGUGAUUCCGGUUUCCGAUGGCCUGCUGGUUCUCGUCGCCCUCUUCUCCUAG